AUGGCACUUCAAAAGCUGGACGGCCUUGAGCUGCCGGCUGCGGCAGACAUGCAUGUUCAUCUUCGGGAUGGAGCAAUGACAGAACUUGUGACGCCAAUGAUCCGUCAAGGAGGGGUGAACAUGGUCUAUGUCAUGCCGAACUUGGUUCCUCCGAUCACGACGGUCCGUCAUGCUUUUGACUACCAACGACGACUUCAGGAAAUCGAACCGAAUGUUACAUUCUUGAUGUCACUCUACCUACACCCAAGCAUCACGCCUGAAAUCGUCCGCAAGGCCAAGCACGGCGGAGUCACCGGAAUCAAGUCAUACCCUCACGGAGUCACCACCCAUUCAGACCAAGGCGUUAUGUCGUACGAAGAGUUCUAUCCCGUCUUUGAGGAGAUGGAGCGCGAGGACAUGGUCCUCAACAUCCACGGUGAGCUCCCGCCAUCAGCCGGCGAAGACAUCACAGUCCUCAGCGCCGAAGAAGCCUUCUUGCCAACCUUCCUUGACCUGCACCGACGCUUUCCUAAACUCAGGAUUAUUCUCGAACACUGUACCUCCGCGGCAGCAAUAGAAGCUGUCAAAUCGUGCGGUCCGACGGUAGCUGCCACCAUCACCGCACAUCAUCUGUUCAUGAUUGUCGACGACUGGGCCGGCGAUCCUCACUGCUUCUGCAAGCCUGUGGCGAAGCUACCUUCAGACCGACGAGCACUUCUAAAGGCCGCGGUCAGUGGUGACUCCAGGUUCUUCCUCGGCACAGACUCUGCGCCUCAUCCGGCCAUCUCUAAGAGGGCGGACAAGUAUGCUGCCGGAGUGUUCACACAACCGCAUGCUGUUGGCCUCGUCAUCGAUGCUCUGGAACAAGGGAUUGAUACUGGCGUGCUGAAGGCGGAUGAAGUCACCGAAGAGAAGCUAGAAAGAUUCCUGUGCAUCAACGGACGGACCUUCUAUGGCGUGGAGGAUGACCGCAAGGAGAAGAUUGUCCUGAGAAAGUCAUCUUCCACCAUUGAGAACAUCCUGACGAGCAAGGACGGGUCUGUGGAAGUUGUGCCUUUCAAACGAGGCAAGCUCACAUGGGGGGUGGAGUGGCGAUAG